AUGUAUAAAACUCGUUGUGAGUUUGAACUUGAUUUAGCGAUAAAAUCGAAGCACAACCCAAAGAUCCUGUUCAAGUAUGUUAAUAGCAAACAAAAUGUUAGAACUACAGUAACAGCCUUAAAAGGAAUCAAUGGCGACACUAUCACAAAUCCAAUAGAAUUUACAAAUCGGCUGAACAAUCACUUUCAAUGUGUUUUCAACAAAAAUGAAGACGAUGAACUGCCAUAUUUUAUAAAACGAACUGAAGCCAUCUGCAAAUACUCGCAAAUAACGCAAGAUCAGGUUAAAAACAAGCUUAGCGAUUUAUCAGUGGACAAAACCGAUGGUUUGGAUGGUGUAAGCGCAUAUGUACUGAAAAACUAUUCUGACAGCUUCUCAGUACAUUUUAGCGCAAUUUUUCAGAUGUCGCUAGAUAGUGGGUGUUUUCCUGAAGUAUGGAAAAAAGCUAAUGUAACACCACUGUUUAAAAACAGAAGUAGACUCAACCAAGGCAAUUAUAUCCUUAACAUCAGUUGUAUGUAA